AUGAUUCUUCCCUUUUGUGAAGAGAUAAAACUUUCAGGUGCAGAAGCCAACAGAACAAAUUCAUGUGAAUGCCAAUCUGUGAAUUUUGGUAUUGAUAUUUCAAAAGGAGAGUUAAAAAGUCCAGGCUAUCCGAUUAAAUAUUGUAGCAAUCUUAAUUGUAAGUAUGAGAUAGAUGCAAUUUUGAAUGAAUCAGUUCAUUUAGUCAUAGAUUCUUUUGAAACUGAGCAACAACAUGACUAUCUUGAAAUUCAUCAAACAUUCAUCUUUGCAAAUAUUCAACAUUCUACUCCAAUCAUCACAUUGUCGGGACGUGACAUUGACUGGCCAACUUUUGCCUCCUCAAUAGGAUGUGGAUUUAUAUUGAAAUUUAUUACUGAUAGUACUGAAACAUUUGGCGGCUUUCACGCUCAGUUCACCAGAAUUUCUACUGUUUCACCAAAGAAUUCUUGUCCGGUAUUUUUUUACGAGGUCACAGGUGAAGAGAGAUCUCUACCCAGUCCGCCCAUAGAUUUUAUGUAUUCCGCUGGUUGCACAUAUUUAUUGAAUACUACCGAUGGAUAUGGUGUGAAAUUAAAGCUUAAAUCCCUUGCUACUGUAACAAAAUUUACCGUAUACGAAAUGGAAAACUAUAACCUGAGAAGAAAUAAUAUGGCUUCUCCACUCUUCCAAAGUACACGAUUAACGGAUAUUGCUGUCAAGGAAAUAGUUUCACGUACGAAUUCCAUACUUAUACAAGUAGUAGUACGACAACAGAAUACGAUGUUAUUAGCAGAAAAGAGCAAAUUUUUAUUCGAAGCUGAGUACAGUCGUAUUGAUAGUCCUUGCAAGUGUUUUCCAAGAAGCCAUACAAUACAAAGUGAUAGAGUAACGUGGUUAACUUCCCCAGGAUUUCCUCUAGAAUAUUGUGAUAAACUUGACUGUGAAACAGAGCUUAAGCUCGAUCUCUACACUAUCGAUGCAACUUAUCAUAACACGAUAAUAAUUGAAAUUCACACGUUUAGUUUAGAACAUGGCUCUGACUUUUUACACUUCUUUGACAAAUGGAAACAUUCUUCCAAGCAUCUUAUCAGCUAUACAGGCGAAUUAAUAAGCAGUCGUAACAGAUUUUUCACAUUCAAUGGAGAGAGCGCUGAGCUACGUCUAAUCACUGAUUCUACAGUUGUACGUAAAGGAUUCAAUUUGUCCAUUAGUGCUAUCAAAAAAGAAGAAGAUUGUCGUUGCAAAGGUAUAGUUCAACCAUUUGAAUUCUCAUCGCCAACAGCAACAUUUACGUUUAUAUCGCCUGCCAACUGUGGUUUUCUUGAUUGCUUUUUUCAGUUCAAUCGUCCCACAAACGUCUUAGAUUCGGAUCGGAUAAGGUUGAUACUAAAUUUGACUUAUGUUUUUAAAAAUGGUGCAGAAGAAUUCUUAGAAGUGCUAACAAACAUCAACAAUUACAAUAUUAUUCCGUCAUAUGUUCACGAACGUGACAUCACUGUCUUCGAUGGGACAUUUCUUCUAAAUGAUACUAAAGUGAUAAUAAAUGACUCACCUCUGAUGAUUUGGUAUCACUUGGCAUCUGAUUCUAAUAAACAAAUCUCGCAGUUGAAUUUCAACUAUGAAUGGAGAAAAAUAUGUGAAUGUGGCAAUCCCCAACUUUACGCAGAAAAGGGUACAUGGAAAAAAUUGACUUCACCGGAUUAUCCAAGUCAUUACUGUAAUCUGAUGGAAUGUCAGUAUUUGAUCACUGCACCUGAGGGAUGCAAUGUUUUACUGAAUAUUACCGAAUUAGCUUUAGAGCCAAAUGAAGAUAUUUUGACUAUUUUCGAUGGAUCUAAUAUUACUGAUCGACAAAUUAGCCUUGCUACUGGAGUUGAAAUAUUUACUGAAUUACUGGAAAGUAGCGCUGAAACAAUGACAAUCUACUUUCAAACAGAUAUUAGUAUUACCAGUAAAGGAUUUGUUAUAUAUUACACCGCUGGUAACUUAAUUUAUUUUCAAAAUUUCAGUUUUCGAAUAUUAAGAUAA